UUCAGGCUCGGCAGGGGCAGGAGAGGGCCCUGGCCUCCACUUCCCGGGAGGCAGUGCGGCCCGAGGGGCGGAACUCCAUUUCCCAGCAGGCUCUAGGCGGCGGGCGCCGCGGUGCCUUGUGUGGGAUGUAAGCGAGGAGGUGGGCGCGGGGGACUGAGGCCAGGACUCGUAUUGGGAUUUGGGGGGCUUGGCCUGGGGUCGCCUUCCCGACGAGCUCGAGGAGUCCGGGGGCCGAGGCCCGCCGCCAUGGGGCUGAAGGCCGCCCAGAAGACGCUCUUCCCCCUGCGCUCCAUCGACGACGUGGUGCGCCUGUUCGCAGCCGAGCUGGGCCGAGAGGAGCCGGACCUGGUGCUCCUAUCCUUGGUACUGGGCUUCGUGGAGCAUUUCCUAGCUGUCAACCGUGUCAUCCCCACCAACGUGCCGGAGCUCACCUUCCAGCCCAGCCCCGCGCCUGACCCUCCUGGCGGCCUCACCUACUUCCCCGUUGCCGACCUAUCCAUCAUCGCUGCGCUUUAUGCCCGCUUCACCGCCCAGAUCCGAGGUGCCGUGGACCUGUCACUCUACCCUCGAGAGGGGGGCGUCUCUAGCCGCGAGCUGGUGAAGAAGGUCUCUGAUGUCAUCUGGAAUAGCCUUAGCCGCUCCUAUUUCAAGGAUCGGGCCCACAUCCAAUCCCUCUUCAGCUUCAUCACAGGCACCAAACUGGACAGCUCUGGUGUGGCCUUUGCUGUGGUGGGGGCCUGCCAGGCUCUGGGUCUCCGGGAUGUCCAUCUGGCUCUGUCUGAGGACCAUGCCUGGGUAGUGUUUGGGCCCAAUGGAGAACAGACAGCUGAGGUCACCUGGCAUGGCAAGGGAAAUGAGGACCGCAGGGGCCAGACAGUCAACGCGGGUGUGGCUGAACGGAGCUGGCUGUACUUGAAAGGAUCGUACAUGCGCUGUGACCGAAAGAUGGAGGUGGCCUUUAUGGUGUGUGCCAUCAACCCUUCCAUUGAUCUGCACACCGACUCCCUGGAGCUACUGCAGCUGCAGCAGAAGCUGCUCUGGCUGCUCUAUGACCUGGGACAUCUGGAAAGGUACCCCAUGGCACUGGGGAACUUGGCCGAUUUGGAGGAACUGGAGCCCACCCCUGGCCGGCCAGACCCACUCACCCUCUACCACAAGGGCAUUGCCUCAGCCAAGACCUACUACCGGGAUGAGCACAUCUACCCGUACAUGUACCUGGCUGGCUACCACUGUCGCAACCGCAAUGUGCGCGAAGCCCUACAGGCCUGGGCCGACACAGCUACUGUCAUCCAGGACUACAACUACUGCCGGGAGGACGAGGAGAUCUACAAGGAGUUCUUUGAGGUAGCCAAUGAUGUCAUCCCCAAUCUGCUGAAGGAGGCAGCCAGCCUGCUGGAGGCCGGCGAGGAGCGGCCAGGGGAGCAGACCCAGGGCCCCCAGAGCCAGGGGUCUGCCCUCCAGGACCCAGAGUGCUUUGCCCAUCUGCUGCGGUUCUACGAUGGCAUCUGCAAAUGGGAAGAGGGCAGCCCCACGCCUGUGCUGCAUGUGGGCUGGGCCACCUUCCUUGUGCAGUCCCUAGGCCGUUUCGAAGGACAGGUGCGGCAAAAGGUGCGCAUAGUGAGCCGGGAGUCAGAGGCGGCCGAGGCGGAGGAGCCCUGGGGAGAGGAAGCCCGGGAAGGCCGGCGGCGGGGCCCACGGCGGGAGUCCAAGCCCGAGGAGCCUCCACCACCCAAGAAGCCAGCACUGGACAAGGGCCCAGGCACGGGCCAGGGUGCGAUACCAGGACCCCCCCGGAAACCCUCAGGGACGGUCCCGAGCACUACCCGCGGCCCUGAUGGUGGCAGUGCCGCUCCAGUGCCACCACCUGCCGCAUCACCACCACCAGAGGGUCCGGUGCUCACUUUCCAGAGCGAGAAGAUGAAGGGCAUGAAGGAGCUACUGGUGGCCACCAAGAUCAACUCAAGUGCCAUCAAGCUACAGCUCACCGCGCAAUCUCAAGUGCAGAUGAAGAAGCAGAAGGUGUCUACACCCAGUGACUACACUCUUUCCUUCCUCAAGCGGCAGCGCAAGGGCCUCUGAACUACCCUGGGACUCCCUGCCAGCCCGAGGGAGCCGGCCUUCGAUCCUGAUCAAGGCUCCACUCCAGCCCCUGGCCAAGGGGGCCUAGGCCUGGCCUCCAGACCCCACUCCUACCCAGAACUGAGGCUCUGGUCAGCAGAGUCAGUCUCUACCCCAGCUCCUGUCAUUGAAACAUAGCUCUGAAACCCAGAGUCCCAGCUGGCCAAUUGAAACCGCACCCUGGGCCCCAGCACCAAUCCUUAAAGGUCCAACCUCGGAAACUCAGACCCCACCUCAGAACUGAGGCUCUAACCAUAAGCCUGAACAGUGUUUUGGGUCGCUUCCAGCCUGUGGGGCUGAGGUUUCACCCUAAACCCUAGACACACAAGGGUUCCAUGUCUCCGGUCUGGGAACCUAGAAUCCUGCGUGGCCCCUAGGAGAACAUUUACGCACUUAAAAUUUCCAUCCCUUGGGGGAGAAAAAAAAAUUUCCGUCCCUUGGGAAUCGAAGCCCCCUACCCUAAAGUACUUAAGAGGCACUUGCAGAAUUUGGAAAUUCUAGCUUCCUCCCCUCUCCACUCCACGAGUCUGGGACACUGAAACUCCAAACUCCGGCCCAGGCCUGUGUGACUCCUGAGCUCCGCCCCCUUCCUGACCAAACUGGCCCCAGAUCAAAGCAGACCUCUUCUGACCCUCUGGGAACCUCCCCUAGGUCCAGUAUGUCUCGGGGGACCCCAGAGGAAAUCUGCAGGGGUUUGUGAGUGGGUGAGGGGAGCCUGAUCUCUUCCUGUUUUGUACAUAGAUUUAUUUUUCAGUUCCAAGGAAGAUGAAUACAUUUUGUAAAAA